GAAAUUUCAGGGUUCCCCGCUCCCCUUCCCCUUCAUUUCUCCCUUUUCAUUCUCAAAAUUCUCACUCACCAGUCACCGCCACACGCAAUUUUCCGGGACGGAUCCGGCAAGAACACCGUCUAAGUUAAGGCUUGGCAUGCGCACAUCCAUGUCGGGUCGGCACGAGAAGGAUAAGGGGGUUAACGUGCAGGUUCUCCUUCGCUGCAGGCCGUUCAGCGAUGAUGAGGUGCGGAACAAUGCACCGCAGGUGGUGACUUGCAACGAUUACCACAGAGAGGUCUCAGUUUCGCAGAACAUUGCCGGGAAGCAUAUUGACAGAGUCUUUACAUUUGAUAAGGUGUUUGGACCUAAUGCUAAGCAGAAGGAUCUUUAUGACCAAGCAAUUGUUCCAAUAGUGAAUGAGGUUUUGGAAGGGUUCAACUGUACUAUAUUUGCUUAUGGACAAACAGGCACUGGAAAGACAUAUACCAUGGAGGGUGAAUGUAAAAGGUCAAAGGCUGGACCAAAGGGAGAGUUGCCGCCAGAAGCUGGAGUGAUACCCAGAGCUAUAAAGCAAAUUUUUGAUACUCUAGAGAGCCAAAAUGCAGAAUACAGUGUCAAAGUCACUUUCUUGGAGCUUUACAAUGAAGAGAUUACCGACCUACUGGCCCCUGAAGAUUUGUCCAGAGUAGCUGCAGAAGACAAGCAGAAAAAGCAGUUGCCACUCAUGGAAGAUGGUAAAGGUGGUGUUCUUGUCCGAGGACUAGAGGAGGAAAUUGUGACAUGUGCAAGUGAGAUCUUCACUUUACUUGAACGUGGAUCUGCUAAACGAAGAACAGCAGAAACUUUACUUAACAAGCAAUCAAGUCGAUCACAUUCUCUCUUCUCAAUAACAAUUCAUAUAAAGGAAGCAACACCUGAAGGGGAGGAGCUAAUAAAAUGUGGCAAAUUGAAUUUGGUUGACUUGGCUGGUUCAGAAAACAUCUCUCGAUCUGGUGCAAGGGAGGGAAGGGCAAGAGAAGCGGGAGAAAUUAAUAAAAGUCUUUUGACAUUAGGAAGGGUGAUUAAUGCACUUGUAGAGCAUCUUGGACAUAUCCCUUAUAGGGAUAGCAAGCUGACACGCUUACUCCGUGACUCAUUAGGUGGAAGAACCAAGACCUGUAUUAUUGCCACAGUAUCUCCAGCCGUUCACUGUCUUGAGGAAACACUUAGCACAUUAGAUUAUGCUCAUAGGGCCAAACAUAUCAAGAAUAAACCUGAGGUUAAUCAAAAGAUGAUGAAAUCAACUUUGAUUAAGGAUCUCUAUGGUGAAAUAGAACGGCUUAAAGCAGAGGUCUAUGCUGCACGGGAAAAGAAUGGGGUCUAUAUCCCCAAGGAGCGGUACUAUCAAGAGGAGAGUGAAAGAAAGGCAAUGUCAGAGCAAAUUGAGCAAAUGGGAGUGACCAUCGAAAAUCAUGAGAAGAAAAUAGAGGAGUUGCAAGCUAAAUAUGAUAGUAAGGUUGAACAAUGUACUGAUUUGAGCAGCAAACUUGAUGCUACCCAAAAAAACUUGAACCAAACUAGUAAGUUGUUGGCUAGUUCAGAGGAAGAGCUAAAACGAUGCCGAUAUUCGAUCAAAGAGCGGGACUUUAUCAUAUCCGAACAGAAAAAAUCAGAAAAUGCACUGACUCAUCAAGCUUGUGUGUUGAGAGCGGAUUUAGAAAAACUGCAGAAGGAUAAUGCUGCUCUGUUUCAUAAAAUUGCCAGGGAAGACAGGCUUAAUGCUGAUAAUAGGUUAACUGUGAACAACUUUCAAGCUGAUCUUACCCAACAGCUUGAUGUUCUUUGCAACCUGGUGUCUGGGUCGAUUUCUCGACAAAAUGAACAUCUGCAUUGUGUUGAGAAUCUCUGUAAUUCUUUCCUUGUCGAGCAUGAUAAGGCCUCCUUAGAUUUGAAGAAGAAAAUGCGUGCUUCAAGGACUUUGUAUAUGUCACAUCUUGAAGCUAUUCAAAAUGUUGUUCGGCUGCACAAGACAGGCAGUAAUGCUGCUUUGGAUGAACUGUCAGCUCUGGCUUCUUCUAAUUCACACUCUAUUGAAGAUCUAUUAGCUGUGAGGGGUGCUGAAGUGAAUUCAGUUUUUGAUGAUCUCCAGCAAGCUCUAUCAAGCCAUCAAGGAGAAAUGGCUCACUUUGCAAGUGAGCUUCGAGAGAGGUUCAACACUAGCAUAGAGCACUUGGAAAAUACGUCAGAAUCACUUCUUGGAUAUGUUGAUAAGCUACUGGAAGAAUCCAAGAGGCUUGGAAGUCAUGCAACUCAAGCUGAUGAAGUCCAAUCAAAAUGCAUUUCUGAAUUGCAGAAAGUCUAUGAGGAGCAGUCAAGGUCAGAUGCAGAGAAGCUUAUUGCAGAUAUGACAACCCUUGUCACUGACUGCAUGCGUCGUCAGAAAGAGAUGGUGGAUGCUAGGCUUGGUGACCUCAAGGACACUGUAAUUGGAAACAAGAUGUUUUUGGAUGGACAUGUAUCAACAAUGGAUGGAAUUACAACAGAUUUGAAAAGGAAAUGGCAGGAUAGUUUUAUGCAAGCAGAAAGUAAUGUUAAGGAUAAUGUUGACUUCUCAGCAGCUAAGCAUUGUCGAAUGGAAUUACUUAUGCAUAAAUGUGUCAAUGCUUCUGAUGCAGCUUUGAUGCAUUGGAAAACAACACAGCAAUCUGUGAAUGACACAGAGAGUCAGCAUGCAUCAAAUAUUACUUCAUCUGUUAGAAACAUGAUGGAGAUCAACGAGCAACAUGACACUGAGAUUGAUUCUAUGAGAGUUACUGUUGAGGAAGACACUGCAAAGAACUGUGAAGAUCUCAUUCACUGCUUUGAUGCCUUGUCGGAGCGGGAGAGACUAUCUGUUUCUGAAAUUCGGACAGCAUCCAGAGCUCAUUCAGAAACAAUUGACAACCUCAAGAGAGACCAUACUCAGCAGGCAGCGUGUAUUGAACAGCAUUCCGUCAGAACAUUUGGGCAAACAUAUAUGGACUAUGAGCCAACUGGCGACACCCCGACUAGACAAGAGGUAGAUAUCCCGAGCAAGAGCAGCAUUGAAUCGCUCCGUGCCUUGCCCAUGGAGACCCUUCAAGAAGAAUUUCAGGAAAAUCAUUCAUUUGAUUCACCUCAGGUGAAGGAGCUAAAGCCCUCCCUUAUUCCUACUCCUCGGGCACCAUUUUCACAAAUCAACAGGCAACCUUGAAUAGUCACACAUAUAUAUAUAUAUAUAUUCUCCAUACAAUUUAUCUCAUCCUGUUCUUUUGUUGUCUCCCCAACCUGAAGAACUUCAAUGAUUGUGGUCAAGAGGAAUGUUAAUUUUCA